CAAACUAGCAGGAUGUCGGUUACUUUUGUGCGGAAUUUUGUGCUUCUGAAUAGCUACAGCUAUUCCUCCCAGUUUCUGAAGGUGGGUCUGCAACUUCUGAAUAGACCAAUGCUCUGCCACCUAGGAACCUCCAGCACUUCUGGCCCUCAGCCGGAACAGACCAAUCCCCUGCAGCUGAGCGCCGGGAACUAUAAGUAUCUCCUGGGAGCGGAAAACAGGAUCAAGUGCAUGGAGAAUAUGCACAAGCUGCCGGUUUUCAAGCGACCUCGAGGCUUGCCACCCAGCGACCAUGAGAAGAACUUCUCCUCCGUGCUCAUAGCGCUUUGCCAGGAGCGGGGCAAGUAAGUUCUGGCGCAGACUGAACUUUCCCAGAUUAUAUAAUCCUUCCCCACCAGGGACGAA